GCCAAUUAACUUCCUCAAUCAUUUUUGGUUUUCCAAUUUUUGCUUUCGUUUUAAAAAAUGUUAUAUUAAUGCUGGAUUAAGUUUAUUCUGAAUUUUAAACUUCACAAAGAAAGGUUGUCAAUGUGAGUCAUGUCAGUCGGCAUUAGAGUUGUUCGUGGUCCAGACUGGAAUUAUGGCGACAAAGAUGGAGGAGAAGGUCACGUAGGAUCAAUCAUUGCUGUCAGUCAAGAUAAUACAUGUGACGUAGUAUGGGACAAUGGCCGUGAAAUGAAGUGUAACAUCGGAAAAGGAGGAAAACGUGAUCUGAGAGUCGUUGACAAUGCACCAGCAGGUGUGAAGCACUUAGGUGUACAAUGUGACGAAUGUAAACAGAGGACUGUAAUAGGAACACGUUGGAAGUGUUCCGUAUGUGACGACUACGAUUUGUGUACUAUUUGUUACUAUGGUGACAAACACAAUCUGAGUCAUCAGUUUUUGAGAAUUAACAAGCAGUCGAGUAAACCAAUAAAGCUUCCUAAGAGAGCAACGUCACAGAGAAUGAGAGCCUUGGGGAUAUUUCCAGGAGCUGUGGUAUUACGGGGUAAAGAUUGGUCCUAUGGAACACAAGAUGGUGGUCAAGGAUCAGAAGGCAAGGUCACGGAAAUAAGAAAUUAUGGAGGCGACACUGGUGCAAGGAAUGCGGUCAAGGUCACAUGGAAAAAUGGAGAAGUUAAUGUUUAUAAAUUAGGAGCUGGUGGAAAAGUGGAUCUUAAGUUUAUGGCACCAGGAGUGGGAACAGAUUAUUACAGGGAUCAUUUGGAUAUACCUGAUUCGUCCGCCAGAAUAACAAGGGAGACAAGUACGUUUGAGGGGAACGAGAGUAGCACUGAAGAAGCGGAGACAUCUUCUGUAGACACAGUGUUACACGUAGGAGAUCGGGUGUGCGUUUUCAUUCCUGCUGAAGACUUAAAACAAGUGCAGCGUGGACGUGGUGGAUGGAGCAUGCGUAUGACUGAGUGUAUCGGACGGAUAGGAAAAGUGAAGAAUAUAGAAUCAGACGAAAUCAUCGAAGUUGAAUAUGAUGGCAAUACAUGGCAAUUCUACCAAGGAGCACUUAGAAAAGUUUAUGACAUUAAACCGGGAGACACAGUAAAAAUCCUUAGUGAACCAAAUACUGUAGAAUUGUUACAGAAAGGUCAUGGUGGGUGGGAAGAUGCAAUGAUAAAGGCAUGUGGGAAGGUUGGAAAGGUCGAGAAGAUAGACAGUGAUGGUGAUGUUGUUGUACAGUUUGGUCAGCAAGUCUGGGUCUAUAGCCCCGCUUCUAUGAUACCUGCUCCAGGAAAGAAAGUCGAUACACUUGAAGGCAAACAAGAAACAUCUUUUGCAACUUCAAGACGUGGUGCUGAGAAUGUUCAAGAUGACCUUGCAGAUAGCCUUGCUCGGUUGGUAGCUAACCUGGUGGUGUUAGGUCAUCAACAAAGACUCCAAACAAUUGGUCCAGAGCAAAUGAUACAGGCGUGUGCUAAAGGCGAUGUUGCAUCAGUGCAACAACUUAUAAAAAUGAAGAAAGAUUUGGUCAAUUGUAAGUUUAAGGAUUUGACGCCAUUAAUGAUAGCAAGUCAUGAAGGACAUAUGGAUAUUGCUAAAUUAUUAUUAGCCAAUGGUGCUACCAUCAACACAAAGACUAGCGAAAAUAAUACAGCACUACUUACAGCUGCAGCAGGUAAGAAAGAAAUGCUGGCAUUGUAUUUGGUUUCCCAAGGGGCAACUGUUACAGAAAUUGCUAAAAAUGGAAGAAGUCUUGCUCAUCACGCCAGUUAUUGUGGAAUGUUUGCUCUUUUGAAAGCUGUUUUAGAAAAAGGGUGUGAUCCCAACGUGCAGGAUAUUGAGGGUGAUACUGCUCUUCACGACGCCAUUGCUAAAGGACACGAUAGAGCAGUCAACAUUCUACUGAGUCAUCCGAAUAUCGACAUGACCCUUGUAAACAAGAAAGAUUGUCAUCCACUUAUGUUUGCUGCUCUCAAAGAAAAUGAAUUUGCGGUAGAAAAGAUUCUGGAAAAGUCUCAAAGUUUAAUGAAGAUGACAAAGUCAGACGGGAAAUCAGCACUGCAUAUUGCUGCAUUCAAUGAUCAUCGACAGGUUGCGUCUAUUCUUAUAUUAAAGGGUAAAGCAAAUGUGAACUUUAAGGAUAAACAAGGAUUGACACCUCUCCAUUUAGCUUGCCAUGAAGCUUACUUUGAUAUGGUCAAGUUGUUGAUGCAGAACGGAGCUGAUGUUAAUAUAAAGGAUAAUGAUGGUGAUACACCUUUACAUCUUAUUCUUGGUAUUCAACAGAGACCACCGGUGACUGGGCUUCUUGGUUUAAUGCUGAUGGCCCAGCCAAAUGAUGACAAUGAUCGUUUCAAAAUAGCCUGUUUAUUAAUGGAAAAUAAAGCAAAUAUCCAAACGACCAACAACAACGGUAAAACACCUCUUCAAGUUUGUCGAAGCCAAAGAGUAAAGAAUGCAGUUGAAAACUACCUACGACAAAAGCAACCGCAACAACAGAAACCAGCCACUACACGGGGAGCAACGGGAGAUCCAUUUGUAGACUUACUGGCGGCAUUGCUAGUUAAGCCGUGUGCAAAUUGUAGAGAGAAUGUUGCUAAUGCAAAGUUUGUACCAUGCGGACACAAAAUAGUAUGCGAAGAGUGCAGUCUGAGAUUUAAUGUGUGUCCACAGUGUAGGUCACCAGUACAAGCAAGGCUUGAUAAUCAAGGAAGACGGAUUGUUCUUGAAGAUCCUUGUCAAGUCCAAUGAGUAAACAGAACUGUGAAAAGUUAAAGUGAUAGUUUUUUGUUGUUGUAUACAGUGUUAUCUGGAUUUUAUUAAUCAAUAUUUGAUUAUUAACAAAAUGUAUUACUGAUUAUUAAAUAUAUUUCUUAGUUUAUUCCUAGUUUAGUGGCUAAAAUAAGAAACGUGACGUAUACUUUGAACCAACUUAUUUUCGCGAUUUAAUUUUGUGACUUUCGCGAAUAGUAAAAACGCGAAUAUAAAUCGUCGUGAAAAUUUAUUUCCUUAUCUUACACAUAAAGAGAAUUAGAAAAUCGUGAAAAUAAAUCGCCGCGAAGUGGGCUAGAAAGGGCUAAACGCAAAAUAAAGUAUCCGCGAAAAUAAGUUGGUUUACAGUAUUUCAGAAGAGUUUAGUUAUUCAGUCUAACAAUGUUUAAUAUUGACAUAUUUCUUUUACAUUGAAUGUCAUGUAUACGAUCUAUUUGCACAUCUUCCUUAGCUACAUGAAUUAUGUCGGAUUCAUGUCCAUUGAAUGAUGUAAUUGCUUCUUGCUGUUUUCUUAAUUAUUUUUUUUAGAUUAAAUAAGAAACUAAGUUCACCGUAUGUAAAUCCGAUGUCGUUUUUUGAUGUCUUAUUAUCUUAAAGUAAACUAAUUGUUUAGUUUUCUAUUUGUUUGUGACUUGCAAAUCAUAUAGUAAGUUUUAUUUUGUAUAUAUCGUGGUGUUUGCUUGGUGUAAAAUUUACAUUGUUCAUAAUAAAACAAGCCUACUUAUGUUAAUUUGAUAGUUGUGUAGCUGACUCAAGCAACUAUGUUCUCAUAUAUAAAGUGGCUUCUGUUCGUUUUAUAUUUAGUUAUCAGAUUCAUAUUGCAAAAGGCACAUUAGAAGUAAAAAGCUAUAUUUACUUCUAAAGUGGAAAGAAAUUAACUUAUGAAAGAUGACUUGCUUGUCUAUUUUUUGCCAGAGGAACUUUUUGUUCUUUUCGCUCAAUUGAAAAUAAAAAUGUCAUAAACAAUAAUAAAUGAACGGGCAUCUAGAACCUAACUUUUGAAAGCUUUUUGCCACAAAGAGCGAGGGUAAUUUAUACGUAGGGAAGAAACUCUCUAGUAUUAGGCAAAUAUGAAAGUUUUAAAAAUUAUUAUGCCCAUGAUAAAUCAUGUCACACAAAAAUGCUCAACACAUAAAUGUUGGCUGAUGAUAACAUCCGGGAGGAAAUUUUACUUAAGGGGGCUAGCGGGUCUAAAUAUUUUUUUUUAUUCAAUAUAGGAUUUUUCUAUAUUUUUUAAUAAAUGAAGUCUAUCUUAUUUUUAAUAGAAAAAUGAAUAAAAAAAAUGGGAUACCGUUCAUUUACGCUCACAAUCUCCCUUCGAAAGAGGCCUACAUUUUUGUUAACGUUCUAUUAUUAUGUUAAACUAAUAGGAGAAAUGGCGGUAAUAUCGAAAUAAAAAAAGAUCUAAAUUACAGAAAUCUAUUAAAUUUUACAAUUAUUUAGUUUAUGUACAGCUUGUUCGAAAACAACAAUAAAAAUAUAGGUAACCGAUGAGUUAAAAAAGAUAUUUCAAUUUUAAUGCCAAAAAUGGUAUUUUUGCACCAAAGGCAGGUAAUUUGACGGUUUUUCAAAUUAUAUCUACAUUUUAAAAGUUACCCGGGGCAAACACAAAUUUAUUUUUUUUGGAGCGAUUUUUGUACCAUAUGAUAAAGUAACAACUAAUAAAGGUAAUAAAUAAAAUUUGUAAUGAAAAAUUAA